GUCGUUUCAUAAAAGCAGAGUGCUUGAAUAUCCAAUGCAUUAUUGUUGCUUUUGCGUCUCUCCUCUUUCUUCCUCAGAAUCUUUUGCCCACGGUAGCACCCUACCAUUUCAGCACUUCUCACCUCAUUGAUUGCUUCGUGAUUCUCACUUCUUUAAAAAGCGCGUGGUCAAAAUCCCAAAACUUCCAGAUUGUAAAAAAAAAAGAGCUCUGCUUCAAGUGCUUUCUGCAGUUCGCUUUGGCUUGGGUUCUUGUGUGCAUUUAUCAUAAAAACUCGUUUUUUCUGCCUGCGCUUUUCAGCUCCUUUACGUCCUGAAGCCAACCCCUCUCUCUCUCUCUCUUUCUACUUGCUAUGCUGUGCAGGAAGCAGAAGCAGAAGCACUGGAAAUGAAAACAGAAGCAAAAACGCUUCGACAGUGACGACAACAGAUAGAAACUUUCUGCGGAGUCAUUUUCCAUGAGGCGGGGACCUGCAGUGCCUGCACGCGCUGGUAAUGCCUACCACGCGCCACCGCCGCCAUUGCCGGAUGUUUAUAACAUAAUCCCUAUCCAUGACCUUCUAUCUGACCAUCCCUCCCUUCGGUAUCCAGAGGUUCGAGCUGCCGCUGCCGCACUACGAGAUGUCAGUAACCUGCCGAGGCUGCCGUUUGUUACUUGGGACCCGCGUAUGGACUUGAUGGACUGGUUGGGAGUGCUUUUCGGGUUUCAAAGAGACAACGUACGGAACCAGAGGGAGCACCUGGUGCUCCACUUAGCCAACUCCCAAAUGCGGUUGCAACCACCGCCCGCGAUUCCCGACGAACUGGACCAUAAGGUCCUUCGCCGUUUCCGGAGCAAGUUAUUGAGUAACUACACCUCUUGGUGCUCUUACCUCGGCAGAAAAUCCCAAGUAGCUCUUUCUAGGCGCAGCAGUAACAGCAAUGACCUCCGGCGUGAGCUGUUGUACGUUGCCCUCUACCUUCUAAUAUGGGGGGAAUCAGGUAAUCUCCGGUUCAUGCCCGAGUGUAUAUGCUAUAUAUAUCACCACAUGGCUAUGGAACUAAACCAAGUUCUUGACGAAUGGCCUGAUCCCAACACUGGUAGGCCUUUUUUGCCUUCAAUAUAUGGUGAUUGUGCGUUCUUGAAGUCCAUUAUUAUCCCUUUUUACCAAACGAUAAAGACUGAAGUUGAUAGUAGUAAUAAUGGGACUAAACCUCAUUCGGCUUGGAGGAAUUAUGAUGAUCUAAACGAGUUCUUUUGGAGCAGGAGGUGUUUUAGGAAGCUGUCGUGGCCUAUUAAUUUUGGGAGCAAUUAUUUUGAUAAGGUUGAGAAGAGUAAGAGAAUCGGCAAGACUGGAUUUGUGGAGCAGAGGUCGUUUUGGAAUGUAUUUAGGAGCUUUGACAAGCUCUGGGUUUUGCUGGUUUUAUUUUUGCAGGCUAGUUUUAUCGUUGCUUGGGAGGGUACCGAGUAUCCAUGGCAGGCAUUGGAGAGGCGUGAUGUGCAGGUUGAGUUAUUGACUUGUUUCAUCACCUGGGGUGGACUUAGAUUUCUACAAUCCAUUCUUGACGCGGGGACGCAGUAUAGCUUGGUUUCUAGGGACACAGUGUUGCUGGGGUUGAGGAUGGUAUUAAAAAGUAUGGUUGCCUUGACAUGGACUGUUGUGUUUGGGGUGUUCUACGCCAGGAUUUGGAGUGCAAAGAAUUCCGCUGGGUUUUGGUCUUCUGAAGCAAAUAGUAGAAUUGUGACAUUUCUCGAGGCUGUCCUUGUGUUUGUUAUCCCAGAGCUGCUGGCUUUAGUGUUCUUUGUGCUUCCUUGGAUAAGGAAUGUGCUUGAGGAAUUGGACUGGAGUAUUUUGUAUGUGUUAACAUGGUGGUUUCAUACACGGAUUUUUGUGGGGCGUGGACUGAGGGAAGGGCUUGUGAACAAUGUCAAGUAUACUUUUUUCUGGGUUGCAGUAUUGGCUUCAAAAUUUACAUUCAGCUAUUUCCUUCAAAUCAAGCCACUGGUUGCUCCGACAAGGGUCCUUCUGAAUCUUAGGAAUGUCAAUUACAAUUGGCAUGAGUUUUUUGGUAGUAGUAACAGAGUUGCUGUUGUUUUGAUCUGGAUACCAGUUUUACUAAUAUAUUUUAUGGAUUUGCAAAUCUGGUAUUCUAUUUUCUCCUCCUUUGUUGGUGCAACGAUUGGGUUGUUUUCACACUUGGGUGAAAUUAGAAACACUGAGCAACUUCGGCUUAGAUUUCAGUUCUUUGCCAGCGCCUUGCAGUUUAAUCUCAUGCCUGAAGAACAGUCUCUAUGUCCUAAGAUGACCCUGGUGAAGAGGCUCCGUGAUGCAAUCCACAGAUUUAGACUAAGAUAUGGGCUCGGUCAAUCUUACAAGAAGAUUGAAUCAGACCAAGUGGAGGCAACCAGAUUUGCCUUGAUAUGGAAUGAGAUCAUCAUAACUUUUCGGGAAGAAGAUAUCAUCAGCGAUCGAGAGCAUGAGCUCUUAGAAUUGCCACCUAAUAGUUGGAACAUUAGGGUUAUUCAAUGGCCAUGUUUUUUGCUAUGCAAUGAGCUAUUGCUUGCUCUCAAUCAGGCUCAAGAGCUUGCAGAUGCACCUGACAGGUGGAUUUGGUUGAAAAUAAGCAAAAGUGAGUAUAGGCGGUGUGCUGUAAUUGAAGCCUAUGAUAGCGCCAAGUAUUUACUUCUUACAGUUGUCAGAUAUGGCACAGAAGAACAUUCUAUUGUUGAAAGAAUUUUUGGUGAAAUAGACAACAACAUUCAGUUUGGAAAGGUCAGUGAGGCUUACUAUCUGAAACAACUAGAACGUUUCCAUUCCAAGUUGAUAUCACUUGUUGAGGUUUUGAUCGGACAGAAGAAGGAUGUAAGCAAGACAGUGAAUAUAUUACAGGCAUUAUAUGAGCUUUACAUACGAGACUUUCCAAGGGGAAAAAGGAAAAUUGAGCAAUUGAGGCAGGAAGGUCUAGCCUGUCAUGGUGCUGCCACUGAUGAAGGGUUACUCUUUGAGAAUGCUAUUGAGUUUCCAGAUGCUGAAGAUGAGUUAUUCAACAGGCAUUUACGACGUUUGCACACAAUUCUUACCUCUAGAGAUUCCAUGCACAAUGUCCCAAAGAAUAUUGAGGCAAGACGACGAAUUGCCUUUUUUAGCAAUUCACUCUUCAUGAACAUGCCUCGAGCACCUAUUGUUGAGAAAAUGAUGGCUUUCAGUGUCCUGACUCCCUAUUAUGAAGAGGAAGUGUGUUUUCCUAAAGAAAUGCUUCGACGGCAGAAUGAGGAUGGUAUUUCUACCAUUUUUUAUCUGCAAAAGAUCUAUGAAGAUGAGUGGAAUAAUUUCAUGGAGAGAAUGUAUAGAGAGGGAAUGGAAGAUGAUGAUGAUAUCUGGGAAACAAAGUCGAGGGAUCUUCGUCUUUGGGCUUCAUAUAGAGGCCAGACGUUAGCCCGCACUGUGAGAGGAAUGAUGUAUUACUACAGAGCUCUUAAGAUGCUUUCAUAUCUUGAUUCUGCAUCUGAGAUGGACAUAAGGACGGGAACACAAGAACUUGCUUCUCAUCACUCAUCAAAGCAAAACCGCUGUUUGGAUGGUCUAAACACAGUUAAGCCACCAUCAUUGCACAAACUGAGCAGAGCAAGUAGUAGUGUGAGUCUUUUGUUUAAAGGGCAUGAGUAUGGGAGUGCUCUAAUGAAAUUCACAUAUGUAGUCUCCUGCCAAGUGUAUGGGCAGCAAAAGGCAAAAGGAGAUGCUCAUGCUGAGGAGAUUUUAAAUCUGAUGAAAAACAAUGAGGCUCUUCGAGUUGCAUAUGUUGAUGAAGUUCACUUGGGGAGGGAUGAAGUUGAGUAUUACUCUGUUCUUGUCAAGUAUGAUCAGCAGCUGCAGAGGGAAGUUGAGAUUUAUCGGAUCAGAUUGCCUGGUCCCUUGAAGCUUGGAGAAGGCAAACCUGAAAAUCAGAACCAUGCCAUAAUCUUUACUCGGGGUGACGCAGUCCAGACCAUUGACAUGAACCAGGACAAUUAUUUUGAGGAGGCACUCAAGAUGCGCAAUUUGCUGGAGGAAUUUAAGACCUAUUAUGGAAUUAGGAGGCCAACCAUUUUAGGUGUGCGAGAGAAGAUUUUCACAGGUUCAGUGUCCUCACUUGCUUGGUUCAUGUCUGCUCAGGAGACAAGUUUUGUUACACUUGGACAGCGUGUCCUUGCUAACCCUUUAAAGGUGCGAAUGCACUAUGGUCAUCCAGAUGUGUUUGAUAGGUUUUGGUUUGUGCCUCGAGGUGGACUUAGCAAGGCUUCUAGAGUGAUUAACAUCAGUGAGGAUAUAUUUGCUGGCUUCAAUUGCACACUUAGAGGUGGAAACGUGACACACCAUGAAUAUAUACAGGUAGGUAAAGGAAGGGAUGUUGGGCUGAAUCAGGUCUCAAUGUUUCAGGCAAAGGUUGCAAGUGGUAAUGGUGAGCAGGUUUUGAGCAGAGAUGUAUAUCGGUUGGGCCAUAGAUUGGAUUUCUUUCGUAUGCUCUCAUUUUUCUACACCACCGUAGGAUUCUACUUCAACAUGAUGCUUGUGGUGCUGACUGUUUAUACUUUUCUCUGGGGCCGUCUUUAUCUUGCUCUCAGUGGUAUAGAGGGUCAUGCAAUGGCCGAUAGUAACAAAAAUAAGGCUCUUGGCACAAUUUUGAAUCAGCAGUUCAUUAUUCAGUUAGGCCUCUUCAAUGCGCUCCCUAUGAUUGUGGAGAACGCUCUCGAGCAUGGGUUCCUUCCAGCUGUUUGGGACUUUUUGACAAUGCAGUUGCAGUUAGCUUCAUUUUUUUACACGUUCUCCAUGGGAACUCAUUCCCAUUUCUUUGGUCGGACUAUUCUUCAUGGAGGUGCCAAAUACCGAGCCACUGGACGCGGUUUCGUGGUGCAGCAUAAGAGCUUUGCUGAGAACUAUAGACUAUUUGCACGAAGCCAUUUUGUGAAGGCAAUUGAGCUUGGAGUCAUUCUAAUAGUUUAUGCUUCCUACAGCGAUCUGGCUACAAAUACUUUUGUUUACAUAAUUAUGACAAUCUCUUGCUGGUUCCUUGUGGUUUCGUGGAUAAUAUCCCCCUUUCUGUUCAAUCCUUCUGGCUUUGAUUGGCUAAAAACUGUAUAUGACUUUGAAGACUUCAUGAACUGGAUUUGGUUUAGGGGAGUGUUGGCAAAAGCAGAUCAAAGCUGGGAAACAUGGUGGUAUGAGGAGCAGGAUCAUCUGAGAACAACAGGUCUGUGGGGAAAGCUGUUGGAGAUAAUUUUGGACCUUCGUUUCUUCUUUUUCCAGUAUGGUGUUGUGUAUCAUCUGAACAUUACUGGUGGGAACACCAAUAUAGCUGUUUACCUUUUAUCUUGGAUAUUCAUGGUUGCAGCUGUUGGAAUUUAUGUCAGCUUAUCAUAUGCUCAGGAAAAAUUUGCUGCAAAGGAGCACAUCAAAUAUCGGCUAACCCAGCUUAUAGUCAUUACACUUACGAUCUUUGUGAUAGUUCUGUUGCUGGAGUUGACAAACUUUAUAUUUCUUGAUCUUGUGAGUAGUCUUUUGGCAUUUAUUCCUACAGGCUGGGGCCUCAUAUGUAUUGCUCAGGUCCUUAGACCAUUUUUGCAGUCCACUGUCGUGUGGGACACUGUGGUCUCCUUGGCUCGGUUGUAUGAUAUGCUGUUUGGGGUGAUUGUGAUGAUUCCUGUUGCAUUUCUGUCGUGGUUGCCUGGAUUCCAGUCGAUGCAGACAAGGAUCCUAUUUAAUGAAGCAUUCAGCAGGGGACUCCAGAUAUCUCUUAUUCUUAGUGGCAAAAAGACCAAUUGACAGAUGAAAGAUUUCUCAGUAGGACUAGUUUUGUACAACCACGGGUAGAUGAUUCAACUGUGUUUCCCUGGGCCGAGAAGGUGGUUGCAGUUCUGCCUUGCAGUUCCAAGAGAUAAUCCAAAUGAAGGUCCUGAUUUUGCAGUUGUCUGCUAGUUUUCGCAUGCUACAUGCUGCUCAAGUAUCUUUCUGCUAGUUCUUGCUUGAAAGUGAGUGAUGGGCGUUUUGGUGUAGCCCAUGUUCAUUCACAUUAUAAUCAUGUAAAUAUUUGUUCACAUGCUAGCCUGUUAAAGGUAUAUGAUUGUGCACAGAUUAAACUCAAGUCCUUAAUUUAGCAGCUCUAAUAACAACUAACGAGGUAGUCUAUGCAGCA